GGGCGUCACGAGUGAUACGCCGAUUGGCCAACGCUUCAAGUGUAGGAGUGUCCUCCAACGCCAUUGGUUGCCUGUGGCAAUGGGCGGGGUUUCUCAUAAGGAGACACUCGUAUCCUCACGCGAGCGGUGACAGACGUCGACAUCAGAACGGACAAGCGGCUCAUAGAAACGCUCGAACGAUUCAUUUGUCGCCCUCUUUCUCAAAAUCAGCCACUUUCCGCCGAAUACAGAUGCGUGUUGUGUUCACGACGGUCUGUUUAUAGAGUGAUUUUGUGGCGAUUUCGUGCAGUUCAGCGGCCGGAUUACUGUUGAAGCUCGAGACUCUCUGGAUUUACCUCAGAGCGACACAGCGCAAGCAGCGCGUGGAUUUAUCACCUCACGUGCACGGAAUUACAUUCGCGUGACUCGCAGGCUCGUAGUUGUCUUUUCCGAGCUUCGGGCGGAUGGCUCGGAACCGCGAGGCGGUUGAAUCCAUGAAUCUGUCCAUCAGCUGCACGACCGGAACCCGCUUGGAUCUGCCGGUUCCUGUGGAGGAGACGGUGGACGGACUGAAGAGGAGACUGUCCCAAAAACUGCGCGUCCCCAAAGACAGACUGAUGCUGCUCCUCAGAGACACGAGGUUGAGCUCUGGAAAACUGCAGGAUUUUGGUGUUGGUGACGGAAGCAGAUUGACACUUGUUCCUGCUGUUGAAGCCGGACUGAUGUCUCAGUCGUGGCGGCCGGAGCAGUCCGUCCUGCAGGCAUUAGAGAGUCUAACAGAUGCGCAGGUCAGUGACUUUCUGUCAGGCCGCUCGCCUCUGACCCUCGCCCUGCGUGUGGGUGAUCACAUGAUGUUUGUGCAGCUGCAGCUGGCUGCUCACCAGACGGUACCAUCCGUCUCCAGAGGUCCUACAGGCACCAGUCGGACACCUGCAGGGAUGGGCAGCCACGAUUACCCCCAACAUUUACCCUGCUCUCCACAGCAGGACCCUCCUUCACCUCCCUGCAGCCCCGCCCCACACGCUCACCACACCCACAGUGUUCAUAGCCCCGCCUCUGCCACGCCCAGCCUUCAGGCUGAGGACGGUGUUCACAGCUCCAGACAACCGCACAAACCAGGUGCUUUCAUCGAGAGCCUCGUAAACCACGCCCCUGGAGUUUUCUCAGGAACAUUCUCCGGUACUUUACAUUCCAGCUGUCAGGACAGCCGCGGUCAUCCUCGCCGUGACAUCACCACCAUCCUUCAAAUCUUGAAUGACCUGCUGAGUGCCACGCGCCAUUACAGGGGCACUCCCCCGACCCUGGCACACCUCCGCUGCCGGACACCCUUCCCUCCGGCCACACCCCGCUCACCUUCAUCUACCUCAGAGACACAGCAGAGCGACCUGCAGCCACAACCCUCAGGCGAAUGUUUGCGGCAGACGGAGAAUAAAGCCACACGCUGUAAAGUCGAGCAGCUUCAGCUGUUACUACAGCAGCGACGCCUCCGACGGAAGGCGAGGAGAGACCCGCGAGGGCCGUACCGGUGGCCGGCCGACCGCAAGGCCACACGUCGUCAUAGCAACAGCAGCCUGUCCAGUGACAGCUCACUGGACAUGGACAUGGAGGAGGCCAUCUGGAAACCUGACGUCCAGCCGGACAUCAAUGCGGAGUAUGUCGUGGCCUGAGCGAAGGGCAGGCGGUCCGCUGAAGAUCCAACAGACGCUUGACGUCAGGUGUUAAUGGGCAUUCACAAAACACAGAAUGUAGCAUUAUCACUUCAGCUUCAUUUCAGCAUUACAUGUUUUUGAUACGUGAUUCCACUGACAGUAAGAUAAACAGAUACUCAUGACUUCACUUGGUAUUAACCCCCAGCUUGUUUUUAUCCCAAAAACUGAGAGAAAGAAUUAUUUCAGAAAGGAAGGGAAGCCUAUAUCAAGACCAGAUUUGUUUGAAACAUUUUUAGUUAAACACAAAUUCACUUUAUAAUCUCCACUGUGUUUUAUUUCUGAAGAAUAUCAUUGAUUUCUUUCCAUAUGAGCUGAGCAGUAUGUGGACGCGGAUUGAGACAGACCUGCAGACGUCAUGCUUCCAUUGGCCGCUUGUGAUCACAUGAUCAGUCUCGGUGCCUCUCAUUUGUAUUGAUUAAUGGGGCGUUUACACAACACCGUGUUUAUCUAAAAAUCAAAAGCGUUUUUUGUGUUUUGGCCGGACAUAUACACAACGGACACGGAUAGAAAACGCACAUCAUGUGUUUCUGUUGAGCUCCAAUAAACCUGUGGACACACUGGCCUCAUCUGUCUGAACUCAAAUCUCUCUCGCCCUAGACAUGACAUGACAUGACAUGACAUGACUCCUUCACUACAUAGUGAAUGUCUUCUAGUUCACUAGCUGUGAAAAGUGACUGUAGUCACCAGCGGUGGCUUUCUGAUCAUUACUGGUGACUGCGGAAUCACAAAACUGGUUCUGAAUCAAUACUGGCUGGUUCCUUCCAUUGGAGAUGACAGUAAAGAUGUUGUUGACUGUUGUGUUUGUCAGGUUUUCUCACAAAUAUAGCUUAAAUGAUGUUUCAGAAUUCGUGAAGCUUUGUUCGUGGUUUAUUUUUAAGAGAGUAACAUUGAUCACGCGGUCAGUCGUGAUGUCAUUUCCUGCCACUGAUGAGGCGUUUCCUGCAAGGCGCUGGUUUGAGAUUCAUGUAGCACAUUGAUUCUGCUGUACGGAUUCAUUUACAAAACUGUGAAACAUACCGAGCCUUGUGUUUCCGUGUCCUUUCACAUGUUGUGUGUUUUGUCAAAAUAAGUUUGUUUUUCAUGAGCAAUAAUUUGUGUCUUUUCAGGUAAUAAAUAAGAGCGAAUGAAGUGUC